GGUCUAUUAGUAGUUUGUGCUGGUCUGCUACAGUUCAGUACAGUAAUGUUAUCUUUGAAAAUAUGGGCGAUACAAGUGAUUUUGAAUUUUAUUUGUUAUUGAAAUUAGUUCAUAAUUAUACCCCUGUUUAGAUGCUUAAUUAGAACAUAUCCAAAAUUACGUAAAUCAUUUUAAGUUGAACACACUUCACAAUGAAGUUCCUAAAAAUAAUUGGUUCGAGUGUUUUCCAAAUUGUCUCAUUUAUUUUUGCUCUAAGCUUUCUUCUUGGAGUUUUAAACAUUCAUUUCACCGAUAAAAAUAAUUAUUGCGAGAUGACAUAUAUGUACCAAUAUCCCCAGUAUGUUAGAAUAUCGGUAUCUGAAAAUAGUGAUUUUCCUCAAUAUGGCUUGUAUGCAUAUAGUGAAGGGAGAUUUACUGAAAGAGCUAGGAAAAUGUGGUUUGAUGGGGUUCCAGUGCUAUACCUUCCUGGCAACUCAGGUAGUCAUAUGCAGGCGAGAUCACUAGCUUCAGUGGCCCUUAGGAAGGCAUUGAAUAGUGAACGAGAUUACCACUUUGAUUAUUUCACAAUAAGUUACAAUGAAGAGCUAUCCGGGCUAUAUGGGGGUGUACUCCAUAGUCAGACAAAAUUUACAGCUGCCUGUAUUUCAGCAAUACUUGAUCUUUAUAAAAGCAAUAGAUAUACUAAAUCUGUUCCUACUUCUGUUAUUCUUAUUGGACAUUCAAUGGGAGGUGUAAUAGCGAAACGUCUACUAGCAUACCCAAGUACAGUCAACACAACGUCAAUAGCCAUAACACUGGCAACACCCUUAGAAGCACCAGUAGUAAACUUUGACAUCACUAUGAAUGAUUAUUACAUGCUAAUGCGUGCUGAGUGGGACUUUUAUGUAAAUAGAAACAAAGAAGCUGCACCAAAUAAAAUAUUACUCAGCUUUGGCAAUGGACCAAGGGACAUUCUUAUGCCUUCAGGAUUGACGUUUUCGAGUGAUAGCUCCGUUAGUGCUUUGACAACUGCCAUCCCAGGAGUAUGGGUUUCUCCUGACCACAUAAGCAUUGUAUGGUGCAAACAAUUAGUAUUAGCAAUCAACAGGUAUCUCUUUAGCAUUAUUGAUACAACAACCAAUCAAAUAUCAAACAACAAACAGCUAUUGAUAUCCAAAGCGAGGCAAUACUUUCAGGCAAAUCGCUCGAUGACCUUGGACCCAGAAAUAACUCGGUCGAAUAUCACCAUGAUACCAAAUGCAUUCUGGUACGAAGAUAACAGGAGAAUGUACCAAAUAUCAAGACCUGAGAUAGACAAGACAACUUACUUGAUGAUAAGGCUCGUAAGCUUUCCACAGAACAGAUUUGUGGCGAUCGAAGGUGUCAAUGCUACGGAUAAGGAUUGGUUAUUCGGUUGUAACACGAAAUUCAUUUAUCAAUCUCAUCGAUAUUGUAAACAUGCAACGUCACUACUUGAAUUAUGCCGCUGGACGGCCUCUGCAGACAAAUCGAAAAGAAAACUGGCUACCGUUAAUCUCCAUAGAAUCAAAGAUGAAUAUCCUGACUGGACACAUGUUAUUGUUAAAGUGGCACCUACGAGAAAACCGAUUGUUCUAAACGUGGAUAUCAACGAUCUUGCUUCAAGACAGAUAACGGUAAACCUUCCAUCAUUCUUAUCUUUUGGAAAGUCAAUAAUAAAGGAAGAGACCGAACAAGACAGUUUAUACUAUGAAUUGAUAUUACCCGGAUUUUAUAGUAUACAUCAAGCGUAUCUACUUUACGUAGAACCUACUGCCAGUUGCAAAGUGGCGUCUUAUCAUGUAUCUGCAGAAGUACAUGUACCUUGGGCGAAUAAUAAUGAAUAUUAUCACUUUUACACACAUUUGAAACGUUCGCCAAUGAAGUUGAGACUGUAUAUAAGCAAUCCUAAUGUCACAUAUGGAUUAGCUUCUACAGAAUAUGUCAAAGUCACUCUUUUAUUGGACCCUCAAUGUACUUUUACUAUUAGUAUAACAACGUCAUGGUAUAAUCGAAUAGCUCAGUUCGUCCGAAACUACACGCCAGUGUUGAUACCCUACAUCGCAGCUAUACUUCUUUUAGCUGCUAGAAGUAAUAUAUUACAUUUGAAAGAACAUGGGUCUUGUAUCUCCAUACAUGGAUCACUAAUGAGUGAAGGAGUCAAGCCUUAUUAUGCUCUGGUAUUUGCUAGAUUGGGCACUAUGUUUUUGAUGUCAGUACCUCUACUAGCAUUUCUACUAGAAAAUUCAAGUUGGAAUAAUCUAGAACUGCAGUAUUUUACCCGAUCUCUGUUGGUGGUGCCUGGGUAUAUGAUUGCGCUGGGAGCAGUCAACAUCGUCGCAGCCGCUAUACUUGCUGUUAUGAUAUUCUCUUCACAACUCGCUCAUAAACUUUUGUUCAGAAUAAUGUGGCGAGGAGGUACGGGUCUCGCGGAGAAAGUGGCUUCUGGGCUUCAGAAAGUACCGAUGGUGGUGAGCGCGGCACUAGUGUGCGCAGUACCAUUAUCGUGUGGUGCUGCAUCGCUGGUGGCUGGAGCUGCAUUUUAUGCCUUUAUGCUAUCAAAAAUGUACGAAGAGUAUUUAGAAGAUUACGUCUACAAGUUAAUGGCAAAAGUGGCUGCUCGAUUAUGUCGCAUAUUUAAAUCUAAAAAGAAACGAAACAUAAACGAAACUGAAACUAGUCUAGUUCUUAAAGAUUCUCUUGACCAUAAAGCCAUUGAACCUAGUGCCAAUGACAAUAAGAUCAAUAAUGAAGUAGCGCAGAUUGAUAAAAAAGAUGAUAAACAAAAACCAAAUGACGUAACACAACAUGAAGACAAAAAACAAGACAACGAAAUAAACAAGGAAGCAGGUGAACAAAAAUGUAACAUAAUUAACAAGGAUGGUGAUGUAGAUGACGAUUUGAACAAUUUGAAUUUCCAUAUGAUGAUGUUUUUUAUGUGGAUGUGUGUAACGCUUGUCAAUGUGCCCGCAUUGCUCACUUGGGCUAGAAAUUUUAAAUACAGUAUGGUAUUAAAACCCGAUACAUCGUAUCAUACAGGGUUUGUUAUGUCCGCGUGUUCAGCUUGUCUUUGGCAAAUGAAUGGACCCCGGAGGAAUUUACGACACUACGAUGCAGUAGCAGCCCUACUAUUUACAAUGGCAGUUGCAAUUCUAAUACUAGGUCCAUUCUCCCUCGCAAUAGUCAAUUAUUGUGUAACAUGCAUGUUCACAAUUAUCAUCAUACAACAGUUAUUCGAUAAACGAGAAACCUCGAAAGUAAACGAUGCAGAAGAAGUUCAGCAAGACGAAACAAAUGACGAUCGAGAUGAAACUACGAAUGAAACAAGUAAAAAUCACAAAGAAAAUGUAUCCAGUAAAUCUAAUAAGACUGAAGCACCUAGUGAGAAUGACGAAACGCAGAACAGUGAAGCACAAACUAGUGCAUCGAAUGACGAUUGUGAAUGCAACGAAAACAGAAUAUACAGCAUGUUCAAAAGGCUUACAGAAAAAUUUAAGUUUGAAACUGAUGCGAUUUCAUAAUUGAAGAGAUUCAUUUUCAUAGUUCCUGUUCUGCUCAGAUGUGGAUGUGUUAAGGUGAUGAAAGCUUAGCAUAACAUAAUUGUAGCAAAGGCCUUAAAGAGAAUUAAGUAAUUGUAAUAGGUGAAUUGCAAAUAGAAGUAUAAGGACUAACCAAAACCUAAAAGCCGAAUAGAGGUAAAGAGAUUAAGCAGUCCUUGCUCAGUGGAUUUUUAAUAGUUAAUUAAUUUUAUUUUUACAUAGCUAUUAUGGUAACUAUGUAAAACACGUAAAUCUGUAUAUGUCUUGUUUGUAUACUGGUACUGUAAUGUUAGUACCAAUGGAUCUAAUCUUUACAAUAGGCAGUAGUUGCCUAAAUAGCAUCUUCUCUUCUCUCAUUUAUAUUAUGGUGUAAAUAAACACAAGCACUUAUUAAAACUUUUAGAUAAACUAAAUACUGUAACAAUAUUUCAUGACAGUAGUCAUACUAUUCUCGUAAAAAUAGGAUUAUAAUUCCCAUGUAUAACAUAUGGAUGUUAUAAAUGGGAAUUAUAAUCCUUUAGAAUUACUGUGAACAUUACAAUAUGAUACACUUAGCCCAAAGUGCUAUGGAGCACUCUUACACUUCCGGAAAGAUCUUUCAUUUCCGGGAUCUUUGGCAAAAUAUGCCAAACAAAUAAACAACUGUGAAAAGUGGUCAAAUGGAUCAGAGUAACGUCUCAAGCCAUAUUUCAAUAAGAAUGCAAGAUGUAUUGACAUUUGCAACUGCACUACCCUAUCCUGUUGUUCAUUAUGAUACCAUAUUUUUUUUUAGUUAAUGUAAACACUCAUGAAGAAAAUUAUAUUUGAUCAUUGUAGUGCUUUGAACAAAGGAUAGUUGUAUUUUAUAAAUCAAAUGGUACAAUAAUGUAAAGUCUUGAUAUAAAUGUCAUCAUUUAGGAAUUUCUAAUUCUUUCUUAUAUCCUGAAGGAGAAAAAUUCUGUUAUCUAGAAAUAUGUUCAGUAGGAUACCUUAAGUAGCCUAUGUAUGAUAAGGGUGUUGCAUAUUUAUACCUGCUAUAAUAAAAAUGAGUCAUUUUGAAAUUUGAAUGAUUAGCACAAGAGCUUUUAUUACUGGGAUGUUUAGCAUAUCUUGUAAUUGUUCCAUAGUGUACUCACUCAAUCCUUAGAUCCUGAUUGACGUACUUAAGCAAGCUUAGUACAUCAUAAUCAUACUCAAUUAGUGAGUAGCUGCUUGUGUUUUCUUUUUCUCAAUGUUUAAAUGAAAUAGAAAACAUGCGGUCAUGCUGCUGCUGCUUUUUGUUAAGCUUCAUAACCUUACUUUCUCAAACUCGUAUCUUAAAGCACAAAGUUACUGAAAUGCAAAAAAUGGAUUGUAUAUACAAAAUUUGCAGGUUGAUUUCACAUCACAUUUCCUUCAUAUUCACAUACUGGCUU